AUGAACGGAGCUGGAAAUAGUGAAUGUAGAAAAUGGGAGGACGUCUACUUGAUGCAUAUUUCCAACCAACACCCAGAAGACAGUGUUUCAAUCAAAGGAACAUUGUUCUUAACUGACCAUGGAUCAAAAGUAAGCAUUCACUGGGUACCCCAUCAUGAUCAAGACUCAUCAUUAUCACAAGAAGAUAGAAAGGGUUAUGAAUUUGAUAUUAGGGAUAUGGAUUUUCUUGUUGUACGGAAGGCCCCAUGCUUUCCUUGCUCUGGAGUGUAUUUAUCCUUAAAAUCACGAAAACAUCAUGGGCCAUUUGAAUUCCGUAAAGGUGGUUCAAAAUCAUUUUUGCUAAGUUUAAGUAGUUUAGCUGAUGUCAGAAGAUGUCCUGAUGAUGAUAAUCGGUACAUUGUGAAACCUCGUGCACAAUAUAAUUUAACUCCUAAUUACCAUCUUCCUGAUCCUUCCGAAAGAGUGGUAGGAGAAGCAGGGCUGGUUGGAACACCGUUUUCCGGACAGUUUGGUGCUUCAUUAAGAAAUUUUGGAAUACAUGUCAAUUCAAUUGUCAGUACUAUAUUAUCACCUAAUUUCAUGGAUGAAAAUUUAACUCCAGAUAAUGGUUCGUCUGAAGAGUAUUUAGCAAAAUGUAUUGCUGAAGAUCUACAAAAAAUCGAAGCUACACGUUUAAGAACUACCGAUGAUGAAGGAGGAUUUGCUGUUGUUGAACGAAGACCAUAUCCUAUUUCCCUCCCACCUAUGCCCACUGUCCAACGUUCUCCUCCACUAAAUAUGACUCAAUGGAAAAAGUCAUUGGAUCCAGAAGGUCGUGUAAAUCGACCGGAAAAUUUACGUGAAAUAAUAUUCAAUGGUGGUAUUGAGGAUGAUUUAAAACCGAUAGUAUGGAAGUAUCUACUUGGUUAUUAUCAAUGGACCUACACAGCAGAAGAAAAUGAAAGAUUGAAAGUUGAGAAAAGUCGCGAAUAUCACAUGUUAAAGACAUUUUGGAUAUCAAUGACCCCUGAUCGAGAAGCCAGAUUUGCAUUGUUUCGUGAUCGUAAAUGUUUUAUUGAUAAAGAUGUUCCACGUACAGAUCGAAAAACUGAUUUUUAUGCAGAUGAUAGUCAUGGAAAUUUGACACGUCUUUCAGAUAUACUUAUCACGUACACUGUAUAUAAUAUGGAUUUCGGUUACUUUCAAGGAAUGAACGAUCUACUCGCAUUGAUACUUUAUGUUAUGAAAGAUGAAGAAGAUUCUUUCUGGUGUUUUGUUGGUUUAAUGAAUAGACUAGAAUCUAAUUUCAAUGGAGAACUUAAUUCAGUCAGACAACAAUUCAAUCAAUUAUUCUCACUUAUUGAAAUAGCUGACCCAGCUUUCAGUGAAUAUCUUGAGUCGAAAAAUGCCAAAGAAAUGCCGUUUUGUUUCCGCUGGUUAUUAAUCCAUUUCAAACGAGAAUUUUCAUAUAAAGAUACCAUGACUUUAUGGGAGACUUUUUGGACAGAUUAUCGGACAAAGAAUUUUCAUAUAUUUUUUGCUGCUGCUAUACUUUUAAUGCAAAGAGAUAAUAUCAUGAACAGAAAAUAUGAUGCAAACAGUAUAUUAAAGCAUGUGAAUGAAUUAUCCAUGAAGAUUCCAUUAGAAGACUCUAUAAUCCGUGCUACAGCCUUGUUAAGCCAGUUGGAACAAGUCUCUGAUUCUUUACCGAAUUCUGUACAGGAUAUUAUUCAUGGCCAGUCAUUAGCAACAUCUAGGCAUGUUAAUGACUAUCAACAGAAAAAUACAAGUUGCACAGAACAUUCAGCAUCUAUAUAUGAUUAUUCACCAACUUUGUUAAAUGAAGAACUAGAAGUUUUAAUGGAUAAUGAAAUGUUCGAUCCGAAUAAAAAUACAACUGAUCAGUCAAUUUUAAUGAUCCCAUCUAAUAGCGGUAGACAGUUUUUCCAGUGA